CAAACUCAUCAUCAUCAUCAUCAUCAUGACUACUAAGCUCAUUUCUUCUCUUUCCAUCUUCUUUGCCCUUCUUGCAGCCUUAGCAUCCACAAACUUCUUGUCUCAACACACACUAUUCCUCAAACACCUUCUCAUCCAUUUCAACCCUCAAACACUACUCUCCUCUCUGCCCUUCAUCGUGCCUACUCCGAUCCCCUUUGGCUGUCGCCACAGCCACCACCAUCACCACCACCAUCCUUCAGAUGAAAGGAAGACAACCAAGACCAUCUGUGACGAUUUUCCACCCGAUUUCCCCCCUCCCGACACUAACACAACGUCCAUUUUCUGCGUUGAUUCUAACGGAUGCUGCAACUUCACCACUGUUCAAGCAGCAGUCGAUGCAGUCGGUGUCAUGAGCCCAAAACGGACCGUAAUUUGGAUCAAUACUGGGAUUUACUUCGAGAAAGUAAUCAUUCCGAAAACCAAGCCUAACAUCACAUUUCAAGGGCAAGGCUACACCUCAACGGCGAUCGUGUGGAACGACACGGCCAACUCCUCCCACGGAACGUUCUACAGUGGUUCGGUUCAAGUUUUUGCGCCCAACUUUAUUGCCAAAAACAUAAGUUUUAUGAAUGUGGCUCCAAUUCCAGGGCCUGGAGUGGUGGGAGCGCAGGCCGUAGCACUUAGAAUAGCCGGAGAUCAAGCUGCCUUCUGGGGCAUUACUUCAAGGAUUGCUAUAUCCAAGGCUCCAUUGACUUCAUUUUUGGGAAUGCUAAGUCAUUUUAUGAGGGUUGUCAUAUAACUUCGAUAGCCAGCCCGGUGGCGCCAGGGGCAAGAGUCAUAAAUGGAGCCGUGACGGCGCACGGGCGGGCCUCCAAGGACGAGAACAGCGGGUUCGCCUUCGUGAACUGCAGCAUUGGGGGCACUGGAAGAAUAUGGUUGGGGCGGGCUUGGCGGCCUUUCUCCACUGUUGUCUUCUCAUACACUAGUAUGACUGAUAUCAUUGCACCUGAGGGCUGGAACGAUUUCAAUGAUCCCACCAGAGACCUGAGCAUCUUCUAUGGGGAGUACAAUUGCACAGGUGAUGGAGCAAAUACAACAUUGAGGGUGCCUUAUGCACAAAGACUGAACGACACACAAGCUUCCCCAUUUCUUAAUGUUUCUUUCGUUGAUGCCGAUCAAUGGCUCCAAUCUUACUACACCUAAGUUAAAUUAAAUUAAAUUAAAUAUCUAAAAAAAUAUUCUUUUGUUAAUAAAAAAUAUUAUGUCUUUGCAUCAAGAAUUAACGGUGGGGAUUAAUUAUUGUGUUGAGCUUUCUAGGUACG